CCAUUUUGUGUAUUAUUGUGUUGACUUCUUCCUAGAAUUUACAUUUAUGUCUUCAUGGCAGGUUGUCAACAGCAUUUGAUAUGAUGGAAAUGUCAGAUCUUGGUGCAUCCUUACCUAGUGGCUCUGUGGAUGAAAAAAAUCCUUCAUUGUAUAAAGUGAAAAGAGCCAAAAGACGUCUUUUACAGGAUGUGCCCAAGGGACACUCAACAUAUCGCAAGAGCAAAUUAUCCCCACAAGCUCCAAAGCCAUCUAAAGGGAUGAUGAAGGACCCCGGAGGUCUUGUGAUGCCAGUAUCGGUCCCUGUAACUGUGAUAGAUCAUCAUGAAGAUAAUAAGGUAAAUGAAAGAGGGGAUCAUCUACAAGAUCCAAAUACCAAAAAAAGAAAGCGACCCCUUCCCAAACCAUUAUAUAUUCCCCCUCCACUCCUUGAUGUCAAAUCUUCACCCACUGGAUGCUUUCGGAGCAACUUACGUUCUCUGAACACUGACCUCUAUGAGGACUUUCGGUACCCAACGUAUAUCCCUCCUCCAAUGCUGAGCCCUAUUCGCCCAGGAAGUGGCCUUUACUUCAACACGUUCUGCUCCCCCUCUAGUGCUACGGGACCAAACUUCAGUUUUCCAGAAAAAGAGACAUCACCCUGUGAGAUAUUGCCGGUGAAAGACAGCAUGGUGUUUACUACCCAGCCGCACGUCAAUAUUGGAAAUCAGUUCCAGGCAGACAUCCCAGAGAUCCAGGAUCCAUGUUCCCUGGGAGAUUCUAAGGCUGAUUUAGUUUGGAAGCCCUUGAAGAUGACAAAAUCAGUUACUAAUUUCCUACACCUGGCGUGUUCUAGUGCUGUACCAGGAGGGGGCAAUAAUCUGGAGUUUGCGCUGCACUGUCUACACCUUAGUAGGGGCAAUACCAUGGAAGCUCUGGAUAAACUUUUAAUUCAGGAUCCUCAAACAUAUUUUCCUCAGUAUCUUGCAGAUUAUCAUUAUGCAGGGUCCUGUUACUGGUCCGAUUCAGAGAAACAACUAUUUAGGAAAGCCUACAGAAACAACAGAAAGGAAUUUUCCUACAUCCAGGCAAUGAUCCCUAAGAAAAAUAUUUACCAGUGUGUUGAAUAUUACUAUACAUGGAAAAAACAUAUUAAAUUUGAGAAACGAGGAUCCAGCGCUGCAGAAAACACGUCCAGUUUGGAUGGGAGAGAAUCUGAAUGCAACAAGAACGAUGGUUUAUCUGGAAACAAAACCACUGUUUUCAGAACAGGAUAUGAAAGAGAUGCCACCCUACAACUUACAGGACGACACCAGAAAGGGAAAAAAAAAAGCCUCUAA